UAAAACUAAAAUUCAUUUCUGUCCUGUAACCAUAAGCUUGUAAUGUGUUUAAUUUCAUAGAAAAUCUUUAAAAGAAAAUGUUUCGAUUCUGGGAAUAUGGAUAUAAUCUUCAAGAGUGGCCACACCUGGCGUCACUGUAUGCAAGCACUAAUAAUCUUGACGAAGAUGGCAAACACCCUGACCCUAUGAUGGGCCAGGAUAAUGUAUUUGACCCAUCAGAACCAUAUGGAGCCUACAGAUACUAUGUACAACCAAGCACAAGGUCCGAAUUCAGCAUAGAAGAACCCGGAUAUAUGUCUCGUCCUGUAUAUAAAGAUGAAGAAUCAAGAAGUUCCGAUUAUACAUCCGGUGAUAGCUUCCGGCGUGGCUCCAACUGCCGGGUAUUGCUAUGCGUUUCCCUCGUGGUUAGUUUCGUUGGCGUGGUUGUUGCCGCUAUAACAUUGGCUGUUUUAUUGUCUAAGACUCCCGCACCCUUACCUGCAAAGCCAGGCCAUACAGACGAAUUUGAAUCUCAAGCUAGUAUAUUCAAUCGAGAGUUUAACGAGAAUUUGCGAGACAACACUACUGAUGAAUUCAAAUAUCUCGAAAAGGAGUUCUGUAAAGCGAUUGAACAAAUGUUUACUGAUAGCGAUUCUCCUGUCAAAAAUGCUUUCGGUGGAUGUGAAGUGCUAGAAUUUACCAAGGGAAGUGUGCAGGUCAGGUACAGACUGAAACUUUUUUCGGACACUUUUGAGCGUUUUAAGAUGGAUAAGAAAAUAACGAAAAAGCUAGAAGAUCAUUUUGCUAAAAAGAUAAACGAAAUAGGACCAUGGCAGAAUCUGAAAUUCAAUCCAAAGUUCGUUAAGAAAUUUAUCAGAAUUGAACCCCCUACAACACCUGUUCCUCCAACAACCAAAGCAACUACAACACCAUUCAAGCCAACAAUAAAAUCUACUAAGCCUCAUGUAAAAACAACACCUAAGGCAAAAAUUGAGAAAACAACAAAACAAUCAGAACCUGUCACAAUCGUAACACGUUCCGAAACACCAGAAAGAACAACAGAAACAACAACAGAAACAACAACAACAGAAACAACAAUAGAAAAGAGUAAAGAAACGACUACUACGAUGCAAUUGAUAACAACAACACUGGUUAAAGAAACUAAACCUCCAGUAGAAACCAUACAGACAACAAGAAUUGUUAAACCGAGCAUUAUUACUGAAAAUGAAGAUGUACUCGAAAUAACUACCCAAGAAGAUAUCCGAACAAGUGAGAAAAUUACAGAUGUACAUACACAAAAACAAACACCAGGUACUAUAGAAACCACUUCCAGAACUACAUCGGAUGAAAUCAUAACAACUUUAAAACCUACUGCAGAAGUAAAAGAUGAAACAAAGGCUGUUGAUAACAUAACAGUAACAACAGAAAUGCCAAAAGCGUCAACAAAUAUAUUUGACAUGUUUUAUGACCUUAAUGACACAUAUGAAACAACAGAAUCAGGGACAACAGCAGUCACUGAACUCCCAACUAUUGCGUCAGAGGUUACUUAUACCCAGACAAUACUAAAGGCUGUUACAACAACACCAAAAGAAGAUGCAAACCAAACAUCGACUACAUCUCCGGCGACUGAUUCCGUUAGCAAGGAAUCAUCGACUGUUUCUGAAAUUUUGCCUGUUGAGACAACAAUUGAAAAAGAAAUUUCAUUUACAACACAGACUGAUAAAACUACAAGUAUUGAAGUUACAACACUUCAGUCGGCGCAGACAGUGACAGACGAAAUUAUACAAGUAACUUCCGAUAAAACAACAGACAAGCCAAAGGAAACUAUAACUGGGUCAAAAGCAGACGAAGUAGUUAUUGAAACGACAACUGUUCAUGUAGACAGCAUUAGUAGUCGUACAACAGAACCUGCUAACAUAACAGUAAAAGGUGUAGACAUCAUGUCAACAGAAUCGCCUCCAUUAGCAGAUCACAACGUGUCGACUUCAACCGCUGCCAAAAUGCAAGAAAGUACUAUUCAGAUCAAAACAGAAAUCGCAACUGAAUUUUCGAAUGCAACUUUGCCUUCAUCCGUGACGACCUCUCAAGAAACGGAGAUAACAACAAGUUCAGAAAUUGUUGACGAAACAAAACAACCAACUGUUACAACGAUCUCCGCUGAUGAUGUCACUUCAACAGUGAUACCAGUAGACACAGGAUUUGUCACCACGCAACAAUCGUCAGAAGCUCUUAAAAUUCUUGUUAAUGAAACAAUAGGCGAACAGGGAAUUACAGAGCCUGCGCCAAUCUUAAAUGUAUCUUCAAUAUCUGAUAUACUAACAACAAGGGCAAUUGCAACUGAAAGUGAACCAUCUUCCACAACUAGCAUCACACUUAUAGAAACUACAAAAGUUGAGGUAGUUAAAGAUUCAGUAACGGAGAGAUAUAACAAAACUGCGGGACCUGGCUCUACACUCGGCAAGAAAGAUAUGCAAACUUCACCAGAAACAAUACAUGCUCAGUUAACUACUGUAGCUGCACCGGUUACAAAUGCAACAACAAUUAUGGACACCGCUAAGCUAGAAGAAGUAAAUGAAACGUCAAGUAAAGGCCCAGAGUUGACGACUGACGCAACUGAGUCUUCGGAUGUGGUCGAACAUAUAACAAAGACUUUACCGGCGUUAGUGAAAUUGUUCCCCUUAGCACUACAGACACAUACGGUUACAAUACUUCUGAUGUGUAUUAUGAUUACGAAACAACUACUUCAAGCGAAGUAUCAGUAGAACCUUCAACUGAAUUACCUGUGGAGUUAGUAUCCACACAAGCAACAAAAGUAUCUGUUGUGCAAGAAUCAAGUACACAAA